GAACAAAAAAAAAAAAGGAAGAACAGCGCCCGCGAACGAUGCCGUUUCUUGAGAAAGAUAAAAUUGUGAUCUCGUUGAGCCUGGAGCGGGACGGCGUGAUGCCGGGUGAGAGAGUCACAGGGUGUGUGAACGUCGUUGUCAUUGAAGAAAUCAAGUUCUCCACCUUGCGCGUGCACGUUGUUGGGGAGGAAAUGAUGUACCGUCGCCGAGAACGAUACAACCAACUGGGACCGGGUGGGAAUUCACUCUACAACAGCAAUGGGCUCUACAACAACAACAAUGGGCUCUACAACAACAACAACCAGCUCUACAGCACGUCAAGCGAAAUCGAGAGGUCGACCCACAGCAUUAUCGACCGCUACAAGACUCUUCUGGGCCAGCAGACCAACCACGACCGGCCUGGUUCAUUCCACCUUGAGCCAGGCAACUACUCCUACCCCUUCUCCAUUCUGCUGCCCACCGACCUGCCCCCGACGUACUCGGUGCAGGAGUGCGACUACGGUGGUCACAUCAAAUACACCGUGAAGGCAGUGGUCGACAUUCCAAUGGGCUUCGACGGCAAAGCGAAAGCUGCACUCAUGGUGUACAAGAUGGCACCGCUGUCGCAGGUGUUCGCGGUGCGUGCGGCGCCGGUGGUGGUGCGGCCCGUGUGCUCCGAAAUCGGCACGAUCGGCUGCGGCGGCUUCUUCUGCGGACACGAGGAGAACUCGUACCUACGCACCAUGGUCAUGAUCACGCCGAACAUAGCGGUGCUGAACCGCAGCGUCGCGGCGACGUUUCCGCCGUCCACGGCCGCCGUGCCGCGGCUGCUGUCGAAGAAGGGAGGGGUCACAGGCCCGGCGCCACCUCCAAUCCCUGUCCCGAGCGAUCCGUCGGUCAUCACGGUGCGGGUGUUGGUGGACAACAGAACAAAAUCCUCCGCCGUCGCCGCGGCGCAGGUGAAGCUGACACAGCACCUAUCCUACAGCGGCGGUAUUCACCACUCCUUUUGCUUGGUGAACCGCGUCAUCGGGUUCGAAAGCGGGGUGCUACGGCCGGGGCAGUCGACCGCCGUUGACUGUUCUCUAAACCUCGGUACCGGCGGGGGUAGCACAGCCGCUGCUCUGCCCACCUUUUCCGCGCAUUACGUCCGGGUUUGGACGUCGCUAGAGGUGACGUACCCGCACGUUAAGGCGGACGACACGCUGUACAAGAGAGAUUUGAUUCAUCUCGUGACGGGCAUCGACGCGACGAAUACGGCGUCCCCGGUGUAA